GGCUCCGCUGGGGGCCGGGCCUUGGAGAAGACGAACUGUGCAGGGAAGCAGCAGCUGUAGGGUCCUCACUGCCCGCUCCGCCCGGCUGCACCCGGCCUCCUGGUGCUCCUCAGGCUCCCGCCGAGUCUGCGUCUCUGGAGGGCAGCGAACCAUCCUGCCCAGAACCUUAUCCUCACAGCCCAGUUUGACGCAGCUCAACGAAUGGAGAAAAAAAUAAGAGUAACCAGCAGGUAAUAUCUAGCCACAUGGAAACUCGAUUUAAAACACGCUUGGCCACUGUUUCCAGCUCAACUCGGGAACGUCCGGAGCGCUUCUGGCCCCUGGACUUCGACGCUCCUCCCGUGGCCCCCGUGGCUGGGGAAGGUACAGUUGUUCCCAGGAUUCCAGGCACGCAGAUCCGGCAGGGCCAUCGCCGUCCCCUUGCUCUUGCCGCAGCCCCGUUAGGCUCCACGUUUCGGGGCCUCCUGGCCGGGGAGGCUGCCUGUGGCUGCCAGCGCGCCCCCGUGGCUGUGGCUCAGCCGGCCCCCACUUCGGCCCCGUGCAGCCCCUCCGGGGCCGCAGCCGUCUGGCGCCCGAACUCACGGCCUCGGGCCGGUACCCGCCGCCAGCGCCUUCGCUGUGGCCGCUCCUCCCCCUCCCCGAGCCCGAGCUGGCCCAGCGGAGAAGGAGGACGGAGAAGCUGGAACCCGAACGCUGAGCUGCAGGCGACAGGUGCAGGAACGGGAGAAGCUAUGGCCUCGCACAGGACGGCUGCUCAGAGCGACACGAGCAACCGCCAAGAGCUCCUCUCGCAGCUGGAAGAACUCAGUAAUGUACUCCGCUGUGGGAGAAAUGGAGAUAAUAAAAGUCUGAUGUAGAAGUACUCGCAGACAACCAUGCUCCUUGAUCGAUCUCAGAUUAUUAUCAGACCUACUCUAAUGAUGUUAGUCUUCCAAAUAAAGUGAGUGACUGAACUGUCCAAAUCAGCAAGAUCAGGAUAUUGAAACUCUUGCUUUGAAUUCUAACGACCAGUUGUAAAUAGAAAAUGAUGCUCACCCUGGUACUGACAGGACAGCAAAUGUUAAAUGUAGACAGGAGGGUCAUUUGCCUCAAAUUCACAGGAGCCAGCAUCUGCAUUAGCUGCACAAGAUACGUCCUUAGAAGGUUCGUCAUUAGCUGGAAGUUUGAAAGCUGCAGCAGAAGCGGCUUUAUCACAGACUGGAUUUAGUUGUGAUGAAAAUACUGGACUGUAUUUUGACCACAGCACUGGUUUCUAUUAAGAUUCUGAGAAUCAAAUAUAUUAUGAUUUAAUUUAUUACUACUGUGAUGUGGAAAGUGGUCGCUAUCGGUUUCAUUCUCAAGUAGCUUUGCCACCUUAUCAGACUUAUAGCACAAAACAAAAAUAAAAAAUUGAGAAAAGAAAGGAUCCAGAUUCUUCUACAAAAAAAAAAAAAAGAGGAAAAGGAUUUGAAUUCAGAGGAUCAAGAA